AUGAUCUCUCGCUCUCCUCCACCGGCCAGACUUCAAGCCAAGUCUGGUUCGCGCUCGGGUGGAUUCCUUGUCCUCACCGGUUGGCUGCCAUCUCCCUCUGUGCUGCUGAAUAAAACUAAUUCAUAUUAAACGGGCGGGAGAUGCCGCAUCGAUCGUCGCUUAUCACGCUCCCUCCAACUCGCGUGUUGUCUUAGCACCAAACCGACUGCGAUCGAUCAUCACCUGUGAUUCGACCGUUUCUUAGUUACUGUACUUCAUCAUCAUUGUCUCCCUUUCCUUUCCCCUCUUCCUUUUCCUUUCCCUUUUCUUCCCCCCUCUUGACAAACCCCCUUCUUCCUUAUCUUCUUACCUCCCUCCAACCAUAACGGGCCCCCAUUUCCACCCUCUUGCAGCUGCUUAGUCGAUCGUUCUGCUAUCAAUGCGACCCCGCAGCGCCGGUCGUCUCUCCGCAUUUCUGGCUUAUGACCAUUUAUACGCCUUCGGAUAACAUUCCGACCAUGCCUAACGCCGACCGGAAAAUGGCUCCCACCACAGCCCAAACUCGCAAAUCAUCCGGCUCCGAAAAUGCUCCUCGGAAAAGACGAAAGAGAACGGUGGUCAGCGGUGCGCCCGAUGAUUGUUUCACUUGUGCUCGGGAAGGGACCAAAUGCGACCGACGGCGGCCGUACUGCUCCCAGUGCCUCACUCUGGGUCGAGAAUGCUCGGGAUACAAAACCACGCUGACCUGGGGAGUCGGCGUUGCCAGUCGAGGGAAACUCCGGGGACUGUCGCUGCCCGUAACCGGGUCCCAGCCGGCCGCCAACUCGCCCAAGUCUCGUCGCUCGGGUGGCUCGCAGAAGAAGUCUACACCCUCGGAAUUCCCGACAACGUCAACCUCCCCCUCUUCCGAAGGAUUCUCCUCGAUCGCCACCCCGGCCGCGCCCUCGUCCCAGCAAGACCAACAAGCAUCGCCACGAUCGGAUGCUAUUAGCGAUACGACGGGGUCGACGGGGUUUCCCGAGACUCAGCCUUGGCCGGGUACAUCCGCCCCUUAUGUUUCGGAGAACCAGUUGUGGAGUCAACCGUACUACCAGCAAGUCGGAGCCACCCAGGAUGUAAUAAAUUCCCAUAUUCCGCCCUCGACAAUAGGCAUGCUGCCUACACAGAUACACACAGCACCGGAUGUGUCACAAUGGUCCCUGGCAUCGCAGGGUCUAGAAACGUCCGAAACGCAAGAGACCCGGGAAGAGCUGGAAAGGCAGAAGAACCGUGAAAGCCCGUCAUGGAUGAGCGCCUGCCACUCACCGUCAUUCUCCCAACUGCUGUUAGCACGCUCCGUGGGACGCACCCCGCGAAUUCAAUACCUGAUCAGUUACUACGCUGAGGUUAUUGCACCCAUGAUUGUCGCUUUCGAUAGCCCCACAAAUCCCUUUCGCACCUAUGUCCUGCGAUUGGCGCAGGAGAGCACAUCCCUUCAAGAAGCAAUCGCUACGUUGUCAACAAGCAACCUGCGCCAGCGACGUGAGCGAAGGAUGAUGUCCACCGAGAGAACUCUGCCGGCUCGGAUGUCAUCAAUGGCCCUCCGCGCAUUGACCGACGAAGGUUUAGGGGAUCAGUAUGGUGCCACCUCUCCAGUUGGAUCCGCGCAGGAGGAACAAUAUCAUCGAUGCAUGGCGGUAAAGGCAUUAAAUAUGGAACUGGCUGAUCCGCGCCAACGGCUCUCUGACUCGGUUCUCGCCACGCUUUUGAUACUUUGCCUGUUCCAUGUCUGCGACACGGGAGUUGCCCAGUUCAAAACGCAGUUCGCCGGAGUGACCAAGUUGCUGGCCAUUAGGAUGCGCGCCUCUCCUCGCGUGUCGGAAGAACUGAAGUGGUUCAUUCGAAUGUUCACAUGGUACGAUACCAUGACGGCUACGACCAACGAUCGUGAGGUGCAACUCCGUGGAACCUGCUUGGACAUUGCCAGCGUCUCUGACGGAGAAUGGGGCCUUGAGAAUCUCGCAGGUUGCGAUUCGAGCUUGUUCAAGUUGAUUGCACAGCUGGGUCGCUUGAAUAUGCUGAGUCAGAACCAGGAGUCCCACACCCCUGUGAUGCCUGAGGUGUAUGUCCCGUCGACCACGCUUCCGCCGUCAAUGGUCUAUCAUCCCUCAGACCCUUCGAUGCUUAACGCGUCUGGUGCAAAUGAACCAUAUUUAUUUCCUUUGCCAGGCCCACCCCGAUCAAAUGACCACAAUCGACCUGCCCUGUCCCCAACCUUCUGGGCCGAAUGGUUUUCGUACCGACAGAAACUGGAAUCAUGGAGCCUUCCCUCCCACCGCGCUGGAUCUCACGGUCCCUUCGAAUCCGCACCCGCACCUGCAGUCAUCACACAAGCGUACAUCUCGCCGCCGUCAUCACCAUCCUCAAACUCCACUGUGGCGCCCGAGAACAUGGAUGACGUGUACCACACCUCCGAGGCCUUCCGCCACGCCGCAAUCCUCUACACCGAGCGCCUCGCCUACCCCGACAUCCCCUCUGACCACCCGCGCAUCCAACACAUCGUCCACCGCACGAUGCGGCACAUCCUCGCCGUCAAAUCCGACGUCUACCUCCUCUGGCCCCUCUUCAUCGUCGGCUCCGAAUGCGUGCUCGAAACCCACCGCACCAUCAUCCAGCAGCGCUGCAAAGACAUCUCCAAGGACUCCGGAUUCCUGAACAACUUGUCCUGCCUAGAACUCCUCGAGAAGAUCUGGGCCGAGAACCCCGCCUCUUCCGAACUCACCAACAACCCGACAGGCACAGGCCCUGGCCCCCACCACGUCGCCUACACCGGCCCCCUGGGCGCCGUGUAUUCAACCUACCCGCAGCCCGCCGCCUCGUCGACCAGGGAACAAGGAUUCCGAUGGCACAAGGUGAUGCAGGCCAAGCGCGCCGAGGGGGAAUACGCGGUGGUAUGACACGACGCCUUUCCGGGGUGUUCUUGCACUCAGUAUAUGAAGAGUAGUACCUACGAUAUGAAACGAUACCUAUACCCACCUCAGAUCAGAAUCUCUCCUGCCCUGCACCUCUCAGAGACCCACAGUAUCUGAAUUGCAUGUAUGUACGAUGAUUACGGGCGGCUGCAUUUACAAUAUACCAUCUCAUUUGCGUUGUUUUAGUCUUUAUGCCUUUUUGUAUGUAUGUAUAUAAGAUGGGAUGGAAUUUGUGUCUUUGUUGUUUUGAUUAGG